GGAACUUGCUCGGGGCUGCUGCGCUGCGUGGCGAGGACACAUCCACUCGGGGCUCCGCGCCCAGCUCGGUUCUUUCUCUGUACCCACACUCGAGGGACAAGACAUGCCCUUCAACGGUGAGAAGCAGUGCCUGGGCGAGGACCAGCCCAGUGAUUCCGACUCCUCCCAGUUUCUGGAAAGCCUGGCUUCGCUCAGUGACAGCGAGUGUUCUGGGCAGGGCUUUGCCAGCGACCCCUCCAGCAAAUCCAGCUCUCCUACUUCCUCAAGCCCUCCCAGAGUUCUCACUUACGAUGAGGUGAUGUCUGCGGCAGGGAACUUACUAGACUUGACUCUUGCUCAUGAAAUAGCUGUGAACGAGAACUUUGAAGUGAAGCAAACUCCUGUCCCUGAGAACAGCUUGUUUGGUCGAGUGAAGCACAUUGUCCACCAGGCCUUCUGGGACCUCCUGGAAUCAGAACUGAAUGCUGACCCCCCGGAGUAUGAACAUGCCAUCAAGCUGUUUGAAGAAAUCCGAGAGAUUCUUCUCUCUUUUCUGAGUCAUGGUGGUGGCAGCCGGCUUCGCACCCAGAUCUCCGAAGUGUUGGAUACAGACCUCAUCAGGCAGCAGGCUGAGCACAGCACUGUGGAUAUCCAGGGUCUGGCCAACUAUAUCAUCAGUACCAUGGGAAAGAUGUGUGCCCCCACUCGGGACAAUGACAUUAAAGAGUUAAAGGUCACCGGCAACAUCGUGGAGGUGCUGAGGCAAAUAUUUCAUGUCCUGGACCUUAUGAGGAUGGACAUGGUCAAUUUUGCAAUUAGGAGCAUCAGACCAAUUCUUCAACACCAGUUGGUGGAUUAUGAGAGAAACAAGUUCCAGGAAAUUUUAGAAGAAACUCCAGGUGCUCUUAAACAAACUACAGAAUGGAUAAAAGACUCUCUAGAGGAAGAAUUAGGUUCUCUUUCUGAGACUACUUCAACUCCUGGAGCAGAAAGUACUUCCAAAGCAAGCCUGAGCCCUACAUUGGUGCUAAAUAAAAGUUACUUGAAACUGUUACAGUGGGAUUAUCAGAAAAAGGUAUUUCCAGAGACACUCAUAACAGAUGAAGGCCGUCUUCAGGAACUGGCAGAAAAGCUGAAUCAAUUGAAAAUGAUUGCCUGUUUGUCCCUGAUUACCAAGAACAUGGUGGGUGCUAUUAUAGAAGGCCAGCCUGAGCUUGCAAACAGGUUAAAACGGAUUUCAGCCGUUCUGCUAGAAGGCAUGAACAAAGAGACCUUUAACCUGAAGGAAGUCUUGAAUUCCAUUGGUGUUCAGACGUGUGCUGAGGUUAAUAAGACCCUCACCGAGAGAGGCUUGCCUGCUUUGAAUGCUGAAAUUCAAGCUAAUCUGGUGGGCCAAUUUUCAAGUAUCGAAGAGGAAGGCAACCCCAUCCGGUCAUUGAUUGAUAAACGGAUCCAGCUGUACAUGAAAGACCUACUCUGUCUUCCAAGUCCUCAAAAGUCCCUGCCUCCGGUGCCAGGAGGUCUUGCCAUCAUCCAGCAGGAGCUCGAAGUGCUUGGCUCUCAGUACGCAAACAUCGUGAAUCUCAACAAGCGAGUAUAUGGACCGUUUUAUGCCAAUAUACUCCGGAAGCUCCUCUUUGGGGAAGAAGUCACAGGGAAGCCAGAUGGGUCAUCACCUACUAACUGAACCGGAACUGAUGCUGGCUGAGAGAUCGGAAAUCCAGCAUUCCAGCUCCCAGUUUGUUCCCUUUGGUGGCAUUACAGGUGCGGCACAUUCUGACUCCUGUCCAAGGUGCGGCGUGAGCCUGAGUCUGAGUAAUCCAGUAAGAUUAGCGUCGCAGAAGACAUACACAGCAUAUAGGGCCUAUCUGCGCACCACUUCCAAGUUAGAAAAGCAAAAAGAAGUGUAGUGAACAGAAAGCAGUUUGUAAUGCAUUGUUACCUAUAUAAUACUUGUAAAUGAUUUCUUUAGCAUUUCUGUCGCUUAUUCAUUCACCCCCAAAGGAAUUGUGUUUUCUCCUCUGUUGCUAUGAAAGCUAAAGAGUUUUAAGUUUUAGAACAACUUCUUUCAAAGAGUUGAAAGUUGGGAGAAUAACCAAGUAGGUUGAUAUUCAGAAAAAUUGUGUGAAGUAUGCAUACUUUUAUUUGAAAUAUGCAAUUAAUUUUUGUUGUAUAAUGGGAAGUUACAUAGUAAACCUUCUGUUACCACAAAUGUGUGCUAAGUCACAUUUUGUAAUUAAUACCAGUUGUCAGUGUUUGUUAGAAUUUAAAUGUAUUAAAUACAUAUUCCUAUAUAUAAAAUUUCGGUAAAAACCUGUUUAGUACAAAGAGAAAUCUUUUUGAAAAAUUUUAUUCCAGAGGUUGGUUUCUGCUUAACUUAACCUGCUGUAGAGACUUUAGAGUCUUCCUAGACAGCGAGUCUAUCCAAAUCUAGCCCUUUACUUAAUUUCAAAAGCAUGUCGUCCCAAGACAAGCAGAUUUCUUUGCAGUCUCAGUGGAACCUGCUCUUUGAGAGAAACAUUUUUUGUACACAUUUCUUAGUAAAUGUCCUUGUAUUUCUCAGUCCAUUAAUAGGGUUUAUAUGAGAGUUGGCUAUUUUUUUGGAGGGGGUGGUGUAAAUAAUGUUGCAUGGGCUAAAUGGACUUAGACACAAAAAGAAGGGAAAUCAGCAGUAAAAUGAAGACCCCCGUAGACCCCUUUUCUCAGCAAAGUUCACAUCUGAAAAAGAAACAAAUGAACUUAAAUUUUUUGUAACCCUUUAACUUAGCAGAUGUGCUUGUGCUGAUUAAAUUCUUACCCCGCUGUGACCAAGAUACCUUCCCAAAUGUUGUCAGCCUUUGCCAUUCUGGAGCAUUUAGACUCACCUUGGCCAAGCUGGCAUUGGUUCCACUGAGCCUGCAGAGAAAUCUGCUUGUCUUGGGACGACAUGCUUUUGAAAUUAAGGAAAGGGCUAGAUUUGGAUAGACUCACAGUCUAGGAAGACUCUAAGGUCUCUAAAGAUUCAUGGCAGUUUGGUAAAGAGUGAGUUAGAAGACACAGGCUCCUGUCUUCCCCAUCUCUUGUUUGCCCCAUCACGGUGCUACCGAAUUAUUUGACUUAGUUCCAGAAAAAUGACGGUAUGAAUAAAAUACCUAUAAUCUCUACAUUUUGGAAGAAAUCUGCCCAAAUUGGAGGAAACUAAUUCAAUUUUUUGUUUGUUUCAAAAUGACCAAUAAUAAAACAGCCAUCCUGUCCUGGUAAGCAAGGUUGUAAGUUGAAUUGUACCACAGAUCACAUCUUGGAUCUUAGAUCCAUCCCUCCAAGCCUCCUUCCCUUCCCCCACCCCCACACAGACUUUGUAUUUCCAUUUUGUACAGGUCUUCCCCACGCUUAGAAACCCUAAGGUGCUUAAUGAUUUUUGUUUCCAUUUUCUCUUUAGUUGGAAUUUUUAAGUGGAGCCCGGGCUGCUGGGUGGGGCUACAGAAAAAAGUAGUAUUGCUGCAUGCUUUUUUUUUUUGUCACUUUCUGAGGCCAACUGUAGAGUUAUCAGAGAGACCAGUGGUCUAUAUUUUUUUGUCAUUAAGAUGGAAUCCAAAUGGUCUUCCUAAUUACUCUACGGUACUGCACUUGCCAGCAGGAAAAUUGCAAACAUCAUUUCUCAUGCAUUGGAAAUGAAGGGCAUUUCUCUUUUUUAUUAAGUGACAGAGUAAAUCUCAAUGUCUCAAAUCUGGAUUUAGGAAACUCCGUUUAUUUAGAAUGUUUAAUAUCUCUUACCAUGUGAUUUAUCUGACUUUUACCUAAAUGUUUACUUCUACUUUUGAGGUUUUUCUCAGCGUGGUCUUGUUUUGUAAUAGCAAUUUAAUGAAAUACCGUAAAUAUAUAUUUUCAUUCUUCUAUUGCUCAACUAUGUAUUGUUUGCACUAAUUCAAUUUGAAAACUUUAAAAAUUAUU